GGGCAGUUGCAACAGUCAAUUAGAUGUAAUAAAACUCAUACUUAGGCAUUAUUCUUCAAAUCUUUUUUAGUUUAUUUGAGAACAGAGUUCAUUGAACUAAUUAUUAAAGUUAAAAACAGAGUUCAUUGACUUAAAAAUAUUCAAAUUUACAACAAUAUACAAGCAGUAAUGAUUUCAUAACACCAUCAAACUGUUGGCAAAAACAGAGUUUACAACAAUAUACAAGCAGUAAUGAUUUCAUAACACAAAAACAGAGUUCAUUGACUUAGCCUACUAACAAUAUUCAAAAGGAAAAAAUAUUUAAAAGUAUACAACAAUAUACAAGCAGUAAUACAAGCAGUAAUGAUUUUAUAACACCAACAAACUGAUUAUUUUAAGUAAAGAUAGUAUUCAAUUUAAUUCCUCAUCUGACUCACAAUUGUGGCAAAUGUAAAUGGAACCACCAUCAGUGCAAGCUUCAUGAGCCCAUGCCUUGCACUGCCAACAUUGCAGCCACACCUCUCUCGGUCUGGAGUAGCUCUCUAAGCAAACUAUACAGAAAUCUUUCUCUGUCUCAGAGUCACUAUCCUUCUCUAUAUGUUUCUUUUUCAACGUUUUCUUUAAAGACCUCAUGACACGUGGAAAAUAAAGUAAUAUACAUACACACAUUGAAAGUACACAUACAAAAUAGUCACUUGAAGUUGGUUUUAAUCAUUAUGAUAGAGAAAUUGAGUUUGUACGGCCUUUUAAAAGUGCGAUUUUUGCGAUCUGCUACCGACCUUCCUAUUAGUCAGUCACAUGACCUAUGACGUACACUCCGGAACGGCUCCUUGGUCAAGACACUAUCCCACCUGUCACUCACGACUAUCCUGACACCUGUCAACAACAUGGAUUCUGACAACUCCGAUUCAUCCUCGGAUCCUGACACAUUUUUCGAAGUGGCAGAGUCCGACCCAAUGCUGGAGGACAAUGUGAGGGGCGUUAUGCCCUAUAGAUACGAGCCAUACUUGGAUGAGUUGGAGCCACAGGGUUCUACGGAAAGUUCGGAUGGCGAGGCAGAAGGCGCUGUUGGUGGUGCUGCUGUGGCAGACGGUCGGAUGCCUAUGGAUUUUGGCAGACUACAGCACGUGGAAUGGUGUUCUUGUGGGAGAUGUGAGCCAAUGCCACUGGUAGUGGAGUCGGUGUGCUGCCGCGAACAGUCAAGAGUGUGCGAGAGGAGAGAGGAGGAGGGAGCAGACACCCGCUGCAUCACAGAACAUUCUGGCUUUGAGCCAGUUUGUCUGAAUCUGCAUGUUCUGCGCACCGCACAUUUCCACUAUCGGCAAGAAUACAGGGAUGUAGAGGGAAACGAGUGGAAGAGGUACACUGGAUACAGACAGUUUGUGCGAUGGUGCUACGAGUACCUGGGAAGACAUGUCAGGGUCCCCAUACCUUCCUGUGUGGUGUGGUGUAUCCGGAGAACUUUUCCCUCCAUUGAUUACAGGGGGUUCCAGGACACCAACAGCCCGUGAUGAUACAUGUAUGCUGUUAACUUGUUAAUUUUGUUUUUUUAGUUUAAAUACAUGAGUUUGUAAAUACAUGAAAAUGAAUGUCAAUACAUGAUACCUCUGGCUUCACAUGAAUGUGUCUUCAUUUUUACAACUUACAACAGCUUACAACAAAUAGGCCUAGCAAAUCAAUUUACACCUUCACCAUGGAAGGGUAGCUGAUAUUUUUGAUCAUACGGUGUCUAAGAUGUGCUGUACUUCAGGGACAAUGCAAUACAAGCCCACAUGGAUAAGGGGGAAAACUGUAGCAACACAGACAUACUACACACCCUGUAAUGACACUUUUCAGAACACCAAGGUGAGGAUGGAGCAGGAGGUUCCCAACACAGUAAAUCAAAGCACUCACGGCAAAGAUGAAAUUAAGUUUGUGUUUAUUCCAUUCAGUCCGGUUCUCAUGUGUACAUUUAGGUGUUAUUUGUAAUGCUAAAGCGGGUCAUAUGUGCAUUGACUGCUGCCCUCUUAUCCGGCUUUUCGAAUGAUGCAUUGAGUGGCUCUGUAACAGGGGACGGGUCUGGGAUGUCAAAGUCAUCACCGUUGUAGUCCUCACCUCGACACAUGGCCUCCACCAUCCGCAUCAGCUCUUCAGCAUAGCC